GCGCGGUCUAGGUGCUAUGGUUACCUAGGAGGCAACGAAGCUCGACGACCUCGCAGCUCGCGCGGCAGUGUCACACGAACCACCGUGGUGAACAGCGGCUCACGAUAGUCGCGAUCGCAAAGGUGCGCACGUUUACAUUGUUUAUACAUCUGAUGUGAGGAACCUUCGAUACCUUCGUGUUGGUCGACCGCGUUCCUUGUCUGUGGCCACAAGCACGAUCCUAGAUCUCGCAGGCUGUUAUCAAUCUCGAUGGAAAUGGGCUAAAAUGAAAAUUCCGUUUGACACGCUUCCAUCUCUUGUAACCGAUGAGCGACGACUUUCACUGUAUAAUGUCCGCAUUGUUGCUGUUGUUGGUCGCGUCGCUCCUAGCCCUCCACGUGCACGCACGCGAUGUCGAUUUCUGCUUUGCGGACGAGGAUAACCCGUACCUGUACAUGGGCACAAAGACCGCGUAUCACUUUGUUCACGGUGGCAAGACCCGGUUCCAGACAGUGCCGAAUUGCCGACCGGUGCAAAUCUGGAUGCUCGCGACACACGGCACCCGUUGUCCGACCAUACCCGAGAUCGACAAGAUCGUCUCUUUAACUAAUCUUAAAGAACAGAUCAUCCAGAAUCAUGAGGAGCGCAGAGAGGGUCACAUGUGCAAUCGAGAUUUGGAGAACCUGCGAAGAUGGAAGCCGGACGAAUAUUUAUCGCCGCAACGGGCACAGGUGUUAACGCCGCAAGGGGUGGAGGACAUGAAGUUGCUGGCGAGAAGGUUGCAGAGUAAUUUCCCGGAGCUGUUGCUGCCCAACAACUACAACAUUACGUCUGCCAAUUACAAGUUCCGUGCUACAGAAGCUCGCGAUAGUAUGAGAUCCUUUAUGGAAGGGCUGUUUGGAAGCAGAUCCACCGUACUUCCGGAAGAGAAUUCUCUCAAUGACACUUUACUUAGCGCAUACAAAACAUGCGGCGUGUGGAAAAACGAGGAGAAUAACGAGAGAUCGGUCGAGAAUGUGGAACACAGUAGAUUCAACGCUGGACCAGAAUUCCAGAAUCUUUUGAAGAACGUCAGCAGACGACUAGGUUUUCUGUACAAUAUUUCCGCUGAUAUGAUUGACGCUAUGUACGACGCGUGUCGAUAUCAGAAAGCCUGGUCUGUCACCGAACUUUCACCUUGGUGCGCCGCCUUCAGCAAUGAAGAACUUCGCGUUCUCGAGUACAGAGAGGACCUCGAUUACUAUUACAAAGCGGGCUACGGGCGAGACAUCAACACUCGUUUGGGAUGUCCUCUAUUGCACGACAUGAUGCGACAUUUUUGGAAUGUAGCACGCGACGAGAUGUCGGGCGAACCCGCAGGCAUCUUCUACUUCAGUGAUAUCAUCAGUCUGCAAAAUCUACUAACUACGAUGGGUGUAAAUGAAGACCAGACACGGCUGACUGCUUAUAACUACAAAGAUGUGGCGAGACGUCAAUGGCGCACGUCACUGAUAUCGUCCUUUACAGCCAAUUUCAUCGCAGUAUUUUAUAAGUGUAACGACAGUAAUAAUCGCAAUAAAGUGAUGUUUUAUCUGGCGGAGAAACCAAUACGGUACGAUGGCUGUCAAGUGGGCCUUUGCGAUUGGGAGUUCCUGAAGAGCAAGUUUGGCCAGCUAGCAUCCAAUUGCCAGCUGGACGUCUGCUGGAAGGCGAGCGGAGCAUCCUCCAGCUUUACAAAUUCUGUUCUAGCCAUCUUAUUAACGUGCUUUGUUCUAGUCCGCCUUGACUACCGACAAUUGUAAAUAAGCUGUUGGUUACAUUUCGUAUUAUCGAUUUUCGUAUCAAAUCGUAAAAUAUUACUCACAAAUGAGACAAAUCCUCGAGAAGAUUUUAAGUUGUAAUAUUUAUAGGAAAUUCUUCCUUUUAGCAAAGUAAAAACGUACAAAAAAUUAAAGCGUUUUUCUACAUGUCUCGCUUUUAGAUCUAUGCUAAUAUUGCAACUUAAAAAGUAUUAAAUGCAUUACGAUAUAUCGAGUAGUACACGCAGCAUGUAAUUUGUCUUUACAUAUUUUAUGUUAAAAUUUUAUUACAUAUAUAAUACGUCUAAGAAUUAAUAGAGUUAUUGUUACAGUAUAUUUCCUGUAAUUUACAAUAACAUAAUAUCCCAAUACGUGUUUUAAAAUAUAGAUAUUUAUUAUA